AUGCGUGGCUGGGGUCUUUUCUUCUUUCUCCUCUUUCUCCUUGUCAUAUUUGCUGUUGGUGGAUGGGUGGCCUACACACAAAUAAGCGCUCGACGCGAGGGUAUAACCCCGCCAUCCCUCAAGUCCUGGAAGACAUACAUCCCAUUCUUCCGACCGCAGGGAUCCUCGAACUACCCGGCACCCCGUCGCGCAGGCCCAAUUGAAUGGUUCCGCGAACAGUUCGCCAAAUUCGGCAACAAGCGCACUGCGCGGGGUGCGUAUGAGGAAGCUGGUGCUGACAGUGCGGGCGGGUAUGCCAGUGGUGGUCGGACGGGCAGACGUCUCGAGGACGAUGCUUGGGAUACCAGAGUCGGCAAUGACGACCCCUAUGGCGAUCGAGCUGGCUAUAGUGGCUACGAGGAGCAGGAAUUGGGCCUCGCGCCUACCCCCGGUGUACACAACGAGCCAUAUGGCGGAGGUAAGGCUGGCGGGGGCAGCGACUACCUUGGCGCCAGCGGGUACAACGAGCGAGGCCGCUCCAGAGGCACCCUUGGAUCCGAUCCAUUCGGCGAUCAAAAUGAAGCACCAAGUCUGAGGAGCGUGAGCCCUAGACCCCACGAAGGCGGCCAUACCAAGGGAAACGAUAGUCUCGAUACAACUGGAAGUGGAGACGGGAAUACAAGCCCUAUCAGUACACGAAAGAGUGUAUUUAGAGAAGGCAUAUGA